AUGCUGACUUCGUCGCUCUCCUCGCAAUUGACCGCCGUUCUCGAUGCCGACAACUCUGAGGCAUCUGCAUCGUCUCGCACGAUCCCAUACCCACUGCUCGCGUCAAUCGCUUCCUGGGCGCGCUCUGCUGAUGGUGAAAGGGCUUUAAGAGAGAACGAUCCUCCUCUUCAGCCCAGUGACUACAGUAUGAUAUCGCUGUUGGCCGCGCAGCGAGAUCUCAGCGAUAGGCGUAUGGUUACUGCAGUUAUCAAUGCGCUGCUGAGCAUAGGAGGCGCUGGCGUAGCGACAUGGUGGGCGGCAGGAAGACUUGCUUGGAAGGACGAAUGGAAAGUCCUACUGGCCUUGUUUGUUGCCAUCGUCGUUGCAACUUCAGAGGCUAUUCUAUACAUGAUAUGGGAUGCUCGUCGCACGCAACGUCUAGAAGGCAGCUCAUCGACGGUGUCGAAUGGACCUGCCAAACUCAAGAAAGGGGACACCGGCCAGGAUUCACAGCAGUUGAAAACAAUCGAGCUCUACGGGGACAUCCACUUCUCUGAGUGCUGA